GAUAAGUUGACCCAACAUAUUGUUAUUAUCCUUCAAAAUUAAAUCAGAAGUUUGAAUGUCUAAUUUUAAAAACACUUAAGUAGUAAAGUAGUCCAUGGAUUUUCGUAUUUAUUUUGCAAAUUGCAACUUUCAUUUAAACAAGUUUUAAACCAAAAAAAUUGAAAUUAUUAAUACAUUUUUAAUUUCAAUAGUAGCACUGCUCUACAAUUUAGCAGUUUAUCUAUUGCAAGUAGUAAAAAUCAUAUGCCAAAAUGGGCGGAUCAUCUAGCACCACUCGAACACUAGAAAUUGAGAAUCCAAAUGUGAUCACUUUGUCAGACAAGGUUGUCGAAAGACUCCGAGGUCAAGAACAGAUAGCACCAGUUGACCAGGGUUCACACAUUUUGCCAACGUAUGUGCAACCAUCUUCUCUGCAAAUACAGAAGGUUGUUCAGCAAGAGUUAGAAGCUAAUGACAAGAGGUGGGAACAGCGUUUUCACCAUGUCAACAACAGUCAAAAAGCUCUUAGCCGCAAUGUCGAAAUAGAAUACAAAAAAACAUAUGAAAAUGUCAAGAAAUUAUUACCUAUAAUUAAAGAUGGAGUACUGAGUGAAACUACAAUAGAAAAAGAAAAUGUUUUAUUGGAUUGUCUAGCCAAUAACAAGGGAACCCCGUUGAAUUGCACCGACGCUGUCAAAGAUUAUCAAAAGGUGUUAUUUCAAUCUACAAAUCAAAAACUUUGAACAUUGGUAGUUCAAUAGAAACUUAUACUUAGAAGUUCAAAUGUUUCAAUGAUAAUAUAAAAAAUUAUGCUUAAAUGUAUGAUAUUUUAAUUAUACACAAUUUACUUUUAAAUCAUGGUAAGUAGUUCUGUUUAAAUGAAUAAAAGGCUACUUUGUUA